AUGUGCCGCUGGCACGCUGCGCUGCGCACUUGGAAGGCCGAGCACCGGACAUUGGCACGCCGCCUAUGGAGCCUGCGUGCCAAGGGCCGAUGGAAGGAGGCGCUGGCGCUGUGGCAGGAAGAAGGCCCCCAGCAACUCGAGGCGGCGGAAGCCGCUUGCGCGGAGGCGCUGGGCGCAAUGGUGCGGGUGGCUGCAGCAGCAGAGGCAGCCCAGCUCCUACGCAAGAUGCGGGCGCAAUCCUUGGAGCUGGGAGAGGUGGCGGUGGGCUCGGCGGUGGCUGCCUGCGUUGCAGGGGGCGCCUGGGAAGAAGCCAUCAAGCUCCUGGCAGAAGUGGAGCUCUGGAGCGUGGCCCCUGGGGUGGUGGCCUACAACGCGGCGCUGGGCGCCUGCGGCCGCGCUAGCAGCGCCGAAAGCGCUGCGCAGCUCUUGAGGCGCAUGGACCGCCUCCAGGUGGCGCCCACUUGCCGCACCUUUGGCGCCGCAGUGGGGGCCAUGGGCCGUGGCCACGCCUGGCAGGCGGCGGUAGGCCUUUUGGAGAAGAUGCGAAGCUCGCCUGGCGGCGCCGACGCGGUGGCCCACGCUGGGACGGUGUCCGCCUGUGCCAAGGCGAUUGCAUGGAAGCAGGCGCUGCAGCUGCUGAGGCCGGAAGUCGGGGAGUGGCUGCUUGAGCCGAUGGCGCCGGCGGCCCUCACAGUGGCCAUCGCGGCUUGCGACCGCGCGAGUCUGUGGCAAGAAGCACUGGCUGUGUACACGGAUAUGCCGAAUCGCAAGAUGGUGCCUAGCCUCGCAUCCCUGAACUCGGCCCUCAGCGCGUGCAGCCGCUGCAGUGAGUGGGAGCAGGCCUUGGCGGUUCGGGCCACCGCUCCGAGCUCCGAUCUGGUCACCUCCGGCCUGCUGGUGCGAGCCAUGGAAAGGGCAGGCCGCUGGGCACUCGGCCUGGCACUCUUCGAAUCCCAAGCCGUGGAAAAGGGCACGGUGGCCUUUACCGCGGCCAUCUCCUGCUGCGCCUUGGGCCGCCGCUGGCAGCAGGCCUUGGCCAUCCUGCGGCGCAUGCCCGCGCAGCAGGUGCCCAUGACGCGCAGCACCAAAAACGCCGUGCUGUCCGGGCAGCCCAGCAUGUCACAGCAGCGCUUGCCCAUUUUUCAGGGCCCCGGGCCGCCGCGCGCCGCGCGCCGCGCGGGCGGAGCCAUGACUCUGGCGCUGGCUGUUUUCGCCAUGGCGGCCACUGCCGAGGGGGCGUGGUACGACGGCAUCCCGUCCGUGCGGGUGUUUGGCCCUGCGGACGCCGAGCUGGCCCAAGGCUUCCUGGAUAGCCACUACAACAAGCUGAAGAUGGGGGAGUUCAGCGUGGACCGCCUGGCUGUGCUUUUGAAGCGAGGCGACUACAAAAACCUCUCCAUCGGCGUCCCCUUUUACACGAGCGUGGCUGGUGUCGGCCGACUCCCGGAGGAGGUGAUUGUGAGAAAGUUCUAUGUGGAGAGCCGCUUGUCAUCGAAAACGGGCGGCGCAACGAAGACGUUCUGGCGCUCCGUGGAAGGCCUCCUGGCGCGGGAGACCUCCUUAUGGGCCACCUCCCAGGCCUGCCCCAUGCGGCGCUGCAUCCUACAGGGCGACCUGCUUCUGUCCUCGACUUUUGGGAAUGAGACGGCCGAAGGCCCCAGCAGCGGGGGCUUCAUCGCCGACACCCAGGUCGUCGGCAAGGUGCACCUCGGCACCCAGCAGCAGUUCUUCUUUCGGAACUGCGAGCUGGGCGGCAUCGUGAAAGGCAAGCUGGCCUUGAACAACGUCUACCUGGGAGUCCACGGUGCGCCGGAGGUCCCGGUUCCGAAUGCACCGCAGAUGGUGUCCCGGAGACCGACGGUGGACCGGGUCGCGGAGAAGCCAUUUCUGACGGAGCAGGAUGGCAUUUGGGAGGUGGUGGUACCAGAUGUGGCAGAAGACACAGCUGGAAGAUACAGCGGCAGCAGUAUCUCCAUCCCUAUUGAGGAUAUGUACGUGGCAAAGGAGGGAGACACUGCAGCAACCAUCAACGCCGGCAUCAUCCCGAAGCGGGGCUUGCUGCUCACCCCGGGCAUCUACGAGCUCUCCACGCCCAUCGUCAUCAUGAACCCCGGCUUCGUGGUCCUCGGCCUGGGCUUCCCCACCUUGGUGGCCAUGGCAGACCAGCCAGCCAUCCUGCAGCUGGCGGAGAACGUGCGGGUGGCCAGCGUCCUCCUGGAGGGUGGCGCCUCAGUCACGAUGUACCAGGAAACCCAGCCCCUGCUGCAUUGGUCAGGUGCCCUUGGUGUGGCCUCGGACAUUUUCGCGCGGGUGGGGUCCUUCAACUACAGCACUGCCUUCCUCUUGCCCUGCCAGGGCCGCAUCGCCAGCAUUUUCGUCCAAGUGGAGGGCAUCGGCGUGGUGCUUGACCACGCCUGGCUCUGGCACGCGGACCACGACGACUGCUCGGCGAGAUGGCCGAACAGCGUUUCUGCCACCACCUGCAAGUCCAGCAAUGCCUUGGUGGUCACAGGCCCCGACGUGAUCGCAUACUGCCUUCAAGCCGAGCACACCUUCAAGGAUCAAGUUCUCUGGCUGGGCGAGAAUGGCAAGUUGUUCUUCUACCAGAAUGAGCUUCCUUACAUCAGCCCAUAUCCAGGGGACCUCUUCGGGCGGCGCUACGCCAGCUACCGGGUGUCUCCCUUUGUUUUGAAGCACCUGGCGGUGGGCCUGGGGAGCUACAGCAUCAGCAUCCCGGGAUACAGCUACGUGGCCAACGUCUCAGCCUUUCUGUACCCCGAGGCUGCGCAGCUGCAAAACGUUAUGGUUUGGCACAUCACCAGCGACAACCGGACACCUUUCUUCGAGAACUUGGCCUGUACCCGGACAGGCGGUCGGCAACUUUGGGAGGUCUACUUUAUGGAAGCAGAGUUCUGCCAAGCUGGGCCCAGAAAGGGAAGAAGCAACAUCACCCUGCUUUUCCGAGGGUUGCAAGUGCGUACCUUGCACAGAACAACGCUGCGGCGACUACUCAGAGGAGUCCAACAAGGGCUUUGUGUGGCAGCUGGGCUUCGAGUCUAG